AGUGCGCAUCCUGAUGCGAUCUCCACCGUUGAUAAAUUAACGGUUACCCGCCACAAUGAAUGAAAAAUAUCUCUCUCCGUCUCUGUGUCUGAUCGUGCGUCUGUGUCCCAACAGCAGUCCCCUCGUCGGUUUCGUUCAGGCCGCCGAAUCGAACAUCUAAAAAGUGAGCCGAACCGACCCAGUUCUUUAGCUUGUCCGUUCGCUCGAUCGUUUGCUCCUCCUUUGAACAAUUGUUGCUCCUGUGUUGUUGGAAGUUUGUUUAUUGCUCAGCUACGGAGAAUUAGAAAGAGCUUUGGUGAUUUGGGUUUGGUGGGUUUGGAUGUUUGAGAGCCUGUUUUACAUACUGGUUGUAUAUGCUCAAUUGCUGGAGGGUCCUGAUGGAUCGAAGUGCAUCUAUGUUCAAAGAGUAGUCCUCCAUUGCUGAGCAGGUGAUCUUUGACUUCCGCUUCUUGGCGCUUUUGGCUAUUGGAAGUUCAUUGGCUGGUUCAGUUUUGUGCUUCCUAAAUCUCCCAGGACUGUACAAUUAAUGUCUGAGAAACUCCCAGGGGAAGCUGAUAAGGGAAUUGAAGUUCUCGGGAGAUAUUGACGUUAAGAAUGAAAUACCACCAUUUUUCAAUGUCUCUGAGAUGUGAAUUGCAUAUUAAGGAUCAUGGACACUGGGUUAACUCCCUGCUCUGAGCACUGAGUAUGUUCUUCGAACUGUAGCUUUUGAUCACACUGGAAAACAGUAUUCAUCUUCUGAAGAAAUGAAGCAAGUAGGUGUAAAUGCGGGAAAUUAUGCUUUUUGUUUGCAGCUUGUGGAUCAUGUCUACUUUUCACCGGAUGGGCAAUGGGUGGCUAGUGCUUCGUUUGAUAGAUCUGUGAAGUUGUGGAAUGGUAUUAUUGGGAAGUUUGUUGCUGCAUUCAGUGGACAUGUCCGGCCUGUAUAUCAGAUAAGUUGGUCUGCAGAUAGUAGACUUCUUUUAAGUGGGAGCAAAGACUACCCUGAAGAUCUGGGAUAUUGGCAUGAAAAGUUGAAACAAGAUCUUCCGGGUCAUGCGGAUGAGGUUUUUGCGGUCGAUUGGAAUCCAGAUGGUGAGAAUGUUGCUUCUGGUGGUAAAGAUAAGGUGUUGAAGCUAUGGAUGGGAUAAUGCAUUGGGAGUUAUACAAAGGCCUGUCAGACCAUUGCAUAUGCAAAUGAAAUGAGAUGGCAGUUCAGAUGCUUUCAUCAGAAGUGAAGAAUUGAUUGUUUGAUAACGCAUUACGUCUGCAGACAGAAAGUGCACGCUCAACUAUUAGGUGCUGCGAGUUCAGGUGCAAUUUGGUCAUGUAAAGCUCUCUUGCAUCGGGAUGGCAAUCACAGCCAGUACGUAUUGUCUACUUAUGAUCCAGCUAUUAUUAUCAAGGUUUUGUUAAGCUCAGAAACACUGUUCAAUGCUCUGUUGAUUGAGAGUAUCAUGAGUCACCAAUCUUUUGGUCAUAUAAGUUACUGGCAGAAUCAGUCUUUGAUAUUCAUAUCCAAUCAUAGUGAGUCCUUCAUUUU